CUCUGGUAUAUCAACGCGCCACACCGGAAGUACCGCCUCUUUUUUUUUCUCUCUUUGCCAGUAAGGCUCAGCGUUCAGUCCGCUGACACGGCGCCAUGCCUCGCAAGAUUGAAGAAAUCAAAGAUUUCCUGCUGACUGCCAGGAGAAAGGAUGCCAAGUCCGUGAAGAUCAAGAAAAACAAGGACAAUGUCAAGUUCAAGGUGCGCUGCAGCAGAUAUCUGUACACGCUGGUCAUCACUGACAAGGAAAAGGCAGAGAAGCUCAAGCAGUCACUUCCUCCCGGUCUGGCUGUCAAGGAGCUGAAGUAAAUGUGUGAUGUACAGAAAAUUGUAAUAAAAAUUGGAAAAGUC